AUGCAUGUACGCUAUCCAGUUAAUGAUUACAGCACUCCACUACAUUGUGCUAGUCAAACUGGCAACAGUAAAAUUAUUAAAUUAUUAAUAACUAACGGAAAGGUUGAUGUGAAUGCUGUGGAUAAGAGGAAGAGAACUCCAUUGUUUAUUGCUGUUAAGAAAGGUAAUACUGAAGCUGUUGAUAUUCUAUUGACUAAUGGAGCUAGAACUGAUGCUGUGAAUAAAGAUGGUGAAACCCUAUUACAUUGUGCCAGUGAAUCUGGUGAAGUUGAAAUGCUUGAGUUUUGGAUGAAGAGAGGAGAUUAUGAUGUGAAUGUCAGAGAUAAAAAAAAUAAAACACCAUUGUUCAGUGCUCUUAACAGGUUUAGUAGUAGUAUUGAAGCUGUUGAUAUUCUAUUAACUAAUGGAGCUAGAACUGAUAUUUUUGAUAAAUAUGAUGAUACUCCAUUACACUGUGCUAGUGAAACUGGUAACAGGGAAAUUAUCAAAUUAUUAAUAAUUAAAGGAAAGGCUGAUGUGAAUGUUGUGGAUAAGAAUAAAAAAACUCCAUUGUUUAAAGCUGUUAAGAGUGGUAGCAUUGAAGCUGUUGAUAUUCUAUUAACUAACGGAGCUAGAACUGAUGUUGUGGAUAAAGAUGGGGAAACUUUACUACAUUGUGCCAGUGAAUCUGGUGAAAUUGAAAUGCUGGAGUUUUGGAUUAGGAGAGGAGAUUAUGAUGUGAAUGUUAAGGAUAAAAGAAAUAGAACUCCAUUGUUUAAUGCCCUUGAGAGGUUUAAUAGUAGUGUUGAAGCUGUUGAUAUUUUAUUAACUAAUGGAGCUAGUACUGAUGUUGUGGAUACA